UGAAGCCAGGAACCAAACCAACACCUGUUGGUCGGUUUGCAGGCGCCAAGACCGGCCGCAGGCUCUCAGGUUGUUACUGUGUUAUGUCAUCGACAAAAAAAAUGUCCUUCAAACCAAAGAGAAAGAUGGGAACAGAUAAUGGACACGGAAAAUCCUACUGCUGUGAAUGUGAUGAACAAGAGAAGAGAGCUUCUAUUGUUUAAUAUUGCUUGAUUCGUGCAUUAAACUACAUGUUCUCCGCUCAUAUCUGUCGUAAUGUCUGUGACGGAAAGAAAUUUAACUGCUGUGCUGAAGAAAAAAGGAAAACUUGUGCUGGAAGAUACACCUGUUCCACAGCCAGGACCAGAUGGUGAGUUUUACUACCAAGUGACGCACAAUACAAAGGUUCAGAUACGAGUACAUUCGGUGGGCAUAUGCGGUUCUGACGUCCACUAUUUAGUAGAUGGAAAGAUUGGACGCUUUGUGGUGAAUUCUCCCAUGAUCCUUGGCCAUGAGUCUUCCGGGAUUGUGUCUGCACUUGGUGAGGGCGUCACCAACCUCAAAGUUGGUGACCGCGUAGCCAUUGAACCUGGAGUGCCAUGCAGGAUGUGCUCUUACUGCAAGGAAGGUCGCUACAAUCUUUGCCCCGAUAUCGUCUUCUGUGCUACCCCUCCAGUGGAUGGUUCCUUGCGUCGCUUCUACUGUCAUGCUGCCGACUUCUGCUACAGGCUUCCAGAUCAUGUGACCUUGGAUGAGGGAGCCCUCUUGGAACCCCUAGCCGUGGGUGUGUACUCCUGCCAGCGGGGAGGUGUGAAGUUAGGCAGCAACGUCCUGGUUCUUGGCUCAGGACCCAUUGGUCUGAUGUGUCUGCUUAGUGCCAAAGCAAUGGGAGCAGCCCAAAUUAUUGUCACAGAUCUUGACCAGGGUCGUCUGGACAUGGCUGUGAUGUUGGGAGCCCAUCAUGCCUUGCGGGUGGACACUCGGGACGGUGAGAAAAUGGCACACAGAGUGGAGGAAGCAUUGGGACGUAAGCCGGACAUCUCCAUUGAGUGUAGUGGAGCCGAACCCAGUGUACAGACGGGCAUCUAUGCCACCAAGUCUGGUGGCGUGGUGGUCCUCGUUGGUAGGGGGCGCUAUUCAUUGGACCUGCCGCUAGUCAACGCAGCCGUACGAGAGGUGGAUAUUAAAGGAGUUUUCAGAUACGUAAACUGCUACCCUCUCGCCCUGGAAAUGAUCGCCUCAGGCAAGGUGGAUGCCAAGCCACUGAUAACCCAUCACUUCCCCCUGGAGAAGACACUGGAGGCAUUUGAGACGUCGCGGACGGGAGCAGGUGGAGCCAUCAAGGUCAUGAUACACUGCGACCAGUAGAGAGACAAGGAAUCACCAUGGCAACGGAGUCCAUCAUCUCCAAUUCAAAUACAGACUAACUGAAGACUUCGAGAGAUCAUGAUCUUUAAUCGUGUAGACAGGAGAUUGCCAUGAUUCUGUAGCCUAUGGAUACUCAUUGAAAGUGACAAGAUGUAACAAGGUUAUUCUGGUGCAGUUGGUCAGAUGUGUGCGGUCACCAGGGCAACUGAAUCCGUAGUGGCCAAUUACAGUGAUAACGAUCUGUUAUGGUCUGGAUGCACCACAAUCAGCAAGGUGCACACUCACCAUGGCAACUGAAUGAUGCUGGUCAGUUAACAGUGAUACUGAUCUGGUGAAGAACACUGCAUUUGGUUUAGAGCACAGAAAUACGAUUUAUUUGUGCGAGUACAGUACCCAUGGGUGACAUCCAGUUAUGUAACGUUGCCUUGAUUGUGGAUACAAAUGUCAUGUGGUCUAGGAAGACCCUUCACAUGGUGCAAUUUGUCAUUUUUGUGUUAUACAUACCCCUUCUGUUGUCAGGACUGCUUUACUUCCAACUCUAGUUGUAUCAUCAAUCUUUAAAGUUCCAAUGUUUGAUUGAGUUUGCACAAAAAAUAAAUGGAAGAUUGCAGAUGUUUACGUAUAAAAGAAUAGAACUGGUAUAAAUUGUCAAUAAUGACAAUUGAAAUAUUAAUGAAAAAAUUGCAGUAAAACGUCAAAUUAUCCCAAAAAAUCUCACAGACUAUUUUUCUGUUAUCUUCCAAUGUUGGCGAGGCAACAUGCAGGGUUUUCCCAGAUCAUAUCAUAGAUAGUGAGACGUGACUGCCGCUGUGGUGUUUAAUUCUCUUCAGGAAUUAAGUUUGAAGCAUACUAUGAUUAUGUCUACCUGUGACAAGUUCACAGUACAAGGCAAGUGUUGUAUUGGUUAAAAAUGAGUGCUAACUUCCAUGGUCCUGUAACUGUGUGAUGUCCAAAUUAAAAUGUUGGACGGUGUUUUCACGAAGUGAUAAAAACCUGGAAUAUCAAUAAUUUUUCUAUCCAUAGUUUUGUUCCUACCAUUUAAGUACACUUCAUUCAAGCUUGGCACAGUGUAGCAAAAUGUUAUUUACUUUCAUAUUAAUUGUAAACACUUAUUUGAUAAAACGCUCUCCGUGUUUCUCUGUUUUCACUAAGUGUAAAAGGACACCUUGUUAGCAGGGUAAAAUAGGCUAUACAAGGUUUUGUACAAAUCAGGAUGUGAGUAUAAGCAUACACACGAAUGAUGUUGAAAAUAAACAUGUGCACGAGUCUUGAUAUGUGACAAACUGUA